GACAAAGUGUUGGGUUUCCCGUUUCAGUUUGGCGGCUCAGCUCCUCGUGUUUAAUCUAGAAAAGUGGGUGAAAGAAGCAGGAAAGGGGAGAGGAAGGCUGGGAAUUUUAGCUGCUGACAGCUGGUUUUUGUCUCUUUUCUCCUCACCUCCUUUUUUCCUGCCUUUUAAAACAUCCACGCCGACUUCACUCUCAAAUAUCAAGACUUUAAAAUACCGGCUGUUAAAAAACCUAUUCUUAAUGAUCAGAACACGCGACCUCAGUAACGUCCUCGCUCGUUUCAUUUUCUUCAGAUCAAAGCUUUCACGUCAAAUCUGAAUUUCCACUCGCUUCCUGUGACGUCUCACUCUCACCACAUCCUGGUUUGGCCUCAGAAGAUGCUGACAUACGUAGAGUUUAACGCUUCUGUCAGUUUUCACUUUGCACACGACUCAGAGUUUCUGACACCCUGAGGUGCGCUCACACACACCCGCUGUGAGAGAAACCUCUGCACCAUGGUAGGCUACUGCCCAAUCUGUGGAAAGCCCGUCUACUUUGCUGAAAGGAAGCGGUCCUUAGGGAGGGACUACCAUCCUCUCUGUCUGAAGUGUCAGAGGUGCAAGAUGCAUCUGAACGCUGGUCAACAUGCUGAGUAUGAUGAGAGGCCGUUCUGCAGAAACUGCUAUCUGAAGCUGUUCGGCCCCAGAGGUGAAACACAAAUCCCCCUAACCCUCUCAGGUGCGUAUCAGACACAUGUUCUAAAUGCCUUUGUUCUACUUGUUCUUGACAGGUAACAGGUGACGGAUGUGGCCUCAGAAUCAGAGCCUUCCUCACGGAAAGCAAAAUGAUCAGGAAUAGAUAAAAGUUUACAGUAAUAUGUGUUAAAAACAUGAAACCUUCCAUUGUGUUGCCUUCAUUAAAGAGCAAGUCACCCCCAAAUCAACUAUUUUUUCUGAUAAACUAUAUAAAUGUGUGUCUAAUCGUGCUGCAGACACGUGUAGUCAGUAGCUUUGCACUUUAGUGCAUUUCAGUUAAAAUUUAAAUUUUCUGCCUAAAACUGUUCCUUGUUGUGUCGUUGUCAGGUAAAAACUCUGCACUGCAUUUGAAUUUAAAUCUGCCAUCGCUAUUGGCUAAGAGGUACCCUAGAACGUUAGCUGGUACCAUAUGAUGUCACAAUGUCAUUGUGAGCCUGUGUGUGUGUAUUUUUUAGAGGCUCCGCCCCCUCGAUCUGCUAGGCAACAGCAUUUGUUGCAUUUUUUCGAACAGGAAGUGGGAGUUGAGUAAGAAUCUGGUAGGGGGUGACUUGCUCUUGAAGCAUCGAUAAAAUAAACAUUUCUAAAUC